AUGAAGGUGCUGGCUUUCUUGGCUUUGCUCGGAGCAGCAGUUGCUGUACCUGAGGAGGAUAACAAGGUUGUUGGAGGGUAUGAGUGCCCCAGACACUCUGUCCCCUACCAGGUGUCUCUGAAUGCUGGCUACCAUUUCUGUGGUGGAUCCCUCAUCUCCAGCCAGUGGGUUGUCUCAGCUGCUCACUGCUACAAGUCUCGUGUCCAGGUGCGUCUGGGGGAGCACGACAUCACUGUGAACGAGGGCACCGAGCAGUGGAUCGACUCCAAUAAGCUGAUCAAGCACCCACACUACAACAGCUACAACCUGGACAAUGACAUCAUGCUGAUCAAGCUGAGCCGCCCUGCCACCCUCAACAGCUACGUCCAGACUGUGGCCCUGCCCUCUCGGUGCCCCGUGGCCGACGAGAACUGUAUGGUGUCCGGCUGGGGCAACAUGGCCGCCAAUGGGAACAACUUCCCUGACAGGCUGCAGUGCCUGAGGCAGCCCAUCAUCGACGACAGAAUCUGCAGGAAUGCCUACCCCCACCUGUUCACUGAGAACAUGGUCUGCUCCGGAUUCAUGCACGGAGGUGCCAGCAGCUGCCAAGGAGACUCAGGCGGCCCCCUGGUCUGUGGCGGUCAGCUGCAGGGUGUGGUAUCCUGGGGUUAUGAAUGUGCCAUGAAGGGACACCCCAGUGUCUAUGCCCGUGUGUGCCGCUACACCAGCUGGAUCAGGAACAUCAUGAGCAGCAACUAA